UCUUGUAAAUAAUUUUGAAGACUGAAUUAAAUCAAAAAUGAUGAAAAACUUGGUAAAUUUUAUAUGAAAUCUAGAUUUAAAAAACCAUAUUUAUAUAGAGUACAUCUUGAUAAUGUUUUAUUUGAUCAUUAAUUUAAAUAUCUUAAGAGAUUAAAUAUUUUAAUUUAUGAGUGCUGAUUCGGAGGAACAGAAUAGGUAAAUUAAGAUGUAGAUGAUAUUGAAGGGAUGUUUCAAAUGACCCAAAACCUGGCAAUAAGAAAGCACAAGAAUAUGCAGAGGAUUGGGGGUAUUAAGGGAACCCAUCACCACGAUUUACACCUAUGCCCUAUCCAUAAGUAUUUCCUUCCAUAUGUCCUCCUCCUUUUGAAUUAGAGAAACAAGGUAUGAGGAUAAUAUGCUAUAAAAGUCUAUCAUGAUUAUGAUCCAUAGAAAUAUCCCCAAAUGAACAGCGAUAGGAAAGGGCAAAGUAGAUAUGCUUAUCCAUAGCAUUGUUUAGGUGAAGUUCCGCAAAUGGAUCACAUUGACGAUGAUCCACAUCGUAUUCCUGUGCCUUAUCCUUUCGGCUAUUAUCCACCUAUGAAAUACCCGCCACAACCAAUGUUUAUGAAAUAUCCACCACCCUCACAUCAAGGUUAGCCAUAUAUGGUUCCACCAAAUCCAUGGUAUCCUCCAAGACCAUAAUAAUAAUUAAUGCCUCCUUUUUGUUACUAUCCGUAAUCUCAAUAUGAUGGAACAUAAUGUUAAAAUACUGUUUCCAAAGAACUCUAAUCUAAAGUGUUUUAGUUGGUUUAAUAUUAAAAAGUUUCAGAUUUCUAAUGUAAUUGUAAAAAAAGCAAAUGUCUGAAACUCUAUUGUGAAUGCUUUGCUAAUAACUGGGUAUUAAAAUUCUUAACUAUUAUUAUAAAAGGUAUGUUCUCAAAGUUGCAAUUGCUAAGAUUGUAAAAAUAGAAUUGAUAAUCCUUAAGAAAGAUCAAAAGCAAUUGAAGAAGCAUUACUUAGAAAUCCAGAUGCUUUUGCUUAAUGUUUUCAAUAAAAAGGUUAAACUUAAUUCUCUGUUUAAUAACAAGGUUAUUUUACUUUUUUAUUUUGACUAGAUAAACCACUCAAAGAACCAAUUAAAGAAAACCCUAAUAUUACUAGAAAAGGUUGUAAUUGUAAGAAAUCAGGAUGCAAAAAGAAAUAUUGUGAAUGUUAUAGUCAAAAUCUAAAGUGUAGUGAUCUCUGCAAAUGUGAAUAAUGCCUUAAUAGAACUGAUGCAGAAAUAUAAGCAUAAUAAGAUAUUGCCUAAGUCUUGAAUUCCUAAGAUUAAGUCAAUGUGGAUAUUAAAGUGAAUCAAAAAUCAAAAAAAAUAAAAAAAAUUGGAAAUGAAGAUAAAAGCGAUUCUCAGAAACCUGUAGUAUAAUUGAAAAUAAAUCUUAAUAAUAAUAGCAGUCGGAAAAAAUAAGAUAAAAAAUGAAGAAUAACCAUUAUAUUUAAUUCAUCUAUUCC